GUCCUUGACUAAGCUUGCGAAAAGAAAUUUAUAGACGUUCAUGAUAAAUAACAUGUGAUAGUUCAAAAUCAAUAUCGACGGGGAUUAAUACACUUUGGUCACUCUAGUUGUUACUACUUGCUACGCAUGCAAUUUAUAUGGUGGUUCUACAAAAAGAAUCAUGGUGGCCGAUCCGAUAGGUGCCUACCUGCAGAGCUCUCUGUCCAAGCACAGCAGCAAUGGAGGGCAGCAGGCGGCCAUACUGCAGUCCAAACUGCAGGCGUCUGCGAAGCGCGCGCUGCUCACCCGUGUUGAGUUCGAGCCGGCCGAGAAGCAGCACAGCCACAUGUUGCAGACGCUGCAGAACAAAUACAUCGUGCUCGGGGAGCGAGACUACGCGGCGCAGGGCGCCAACGGAGCGGCAAACGGAGCGGCCAACGGUGCCGCCAACGGAGUGGCAAACGGCUCGGCCACUCCCGUCGGCUCCAGCCGCCCCCAACCGCCGGUGGUCCUCAGUAAAAAGUCUGACCUGAAGCUGGGCUGGGGCAACAGCAGCUACCCCACCGGCGCCGGCAUGGUCAACAUGGGCAACACGUGCUACCUCAACUCGAGUCUCCAGGCUCUGUUUCACGCCCCCGGCCUGGUCCGCUGGCUGCUGGAGGACGGAAGGCACGCCGCCCGCUGUUCGGGCGCCGACCAGUGUACAGUGUGCUCGAUGGCGCGGACCCUCCGCUCCACACACCAGAGACAGGGAGGCGUCGUCAAACCCAUACUCAUCUACUCCAAACUGAAACUGAUCUGCAAGCACUUCAUCCACGGCCGUCAGGAGGAUGCCCACGAGUUUGUGCGCCACCUGCUGGACAGCAUGCAACGCUGCCACCUGGCGGCGCUGCGCGCAACUAAGCUCGACAACCUUAGCAAGGAGACGACGCCGCUCAACCACCUGUUUGGCGGCUACCUGAAGACACAGGUGACGUGUCUGCGGUGCCAGCACGCGUCCCGCACGUUCCAGCACUUCCAGGACCUGCUGGUGGAUGUCAGACAGGUAUCAACGGUGGACGACGCUCUGCACUUGUACUUCAAAAAGGAGCGGCUAGAUGGCGCUGACUACAAAUGCGAACGAUGCCGAAUGAAGGUGCCCGCCACAAAGAAGUUCUUCAUCGACGAGGCGCCUUUGAUAUUGUGCAUACAGCUGAAAAGGUUCAGCCUGGGUGGAGGGAAGAUCACCAAGCACCUAGCGUUUCCCAACAAACUGAACGUGACCAGGUUCAUGACGCGACCUCCGACACAGGGACAGGUGGUCUACUCGCUGGUGUCCCUGAUCAACCACAUGGGCCCGUCGCAGAACUGCGGCCACUACACGGCCAUGGCCAAGGCCGCCAACGGACAGGUGUACCUCUUCGACGACGCCUCGGUGCGUAUGACGUCACUGAGCAACAUGCUGUCCACCAAUGCCUACGUGCUGAUGUACGAGAUGACGGGAUCCACGCGACAGCUGCUGCUCGGUCACUCGCCAGGAGCGCCGGCCACAGAGACGAACCGCGCGGCCUCCCCGCCCCCUCCUCCUCCGCCUCCUCCCCCGCCGCCGGUUCGGGCCCCGUCAGCCCCAGCCGCGACCACCCCGCUACAGCCGAACGCCGCGCUGACCAACGCCGCCAACAGGUCUCGGAUCUCGUUCACGAUGACGUCACCGGCCAUCGUGGUGAAGCGCCCUCUUCCUGGCAACAAGUCGGCUGUGCUGGGCCGGGCGGCCACCGCGCCUGCCGCCCCCGCCCCUGCCCCCGCCCCAGCCGCCGCCGGCGGUGGUGCCACCAAAGCAGCGCCUCUGGUGCCCUAUGGCACGGGCGACUCGGCUUCCGACGACUCGGAUUCUGAGAACCGCGCCGCCGGUCCUGCCAAGGGCUCUGCGACCUCCUCAGCUCCUGCGCCUCCGGCGGCUUCGUCAGCUGGUUCGACAGCUAAGGGGUUGGCGGCGACCACAGCAGCGUCAGCAGGUUCAGGAGCGGCAGUCAAGAAGCCGGCAGCUUUAGCCUCCCCGGCGACUCCUGCACGAGUUCUGGGAGAGCGGCAGCCCCGCGCGCCAGCGGCCACCUCACCCUGGCUGGUGAAAGAGGUGCCCGCGGUGCCGGGCUCGCCUUCUCUACACAGUGAGGAGAGUGCGACCAGCCACGGGAGUGUCGGAUGCACCAGUCCCUGGCUCGUUACUGAGAAGGAGGGCGGCCCGGCGGUGCCUCUGAAGGCGGACCCCACCCCGCCCGGCUGGAAGGUCACCCCGCUACCCGCCAGGUCACCGCAGAGUGACACCUUUGACCCGAGGUCAGAGGUGCGGCCCUCGCCUCCGCCUAUACGCAGGGCUGGCAGCGUCGACUCCCCGGACGGGCCGCGGCAUAUCCUCAGCAAGAUCUCGCGCAAGCUGAAGACCCUGACGUCUCGCCCGGAGAAGCGGGCGCUGGGUGAAGACGUCGGGAGGCCGGCCAAGCGGCCCCGCCCCGCCCCCGCCCCCGCCGACAGCGGGGCGGGGCGGAAAGUGGGCAACAGCGUCUUCUUUGAUGAGCAAGAGAACAGUGCGGCAACACCGGCCGACUCUGUGGCAAACGGCGCCACAGCGGCGGCAAACGACGGCGCAGCGGUGGCGAACGGCGACGCAGCGCCGGCAGAAGCGGUGCGCCCGCCCGGCCGCUCUAUGCCCCUGGUGACACCGGAUGGACUGCAGGACUGCGGAUCAGGUGACGGUGCCGCGCUGGCCUCGGCCCCGGCCGGCCCGAUCCCGCAGAAGGAACACGUGGUGAACGGAGAGAAGGAACACAAAGCCAAGGCGCCUUCGGACAGUGCUAGGUCGUCUGAAGUGGACUCGAAGUCGUCAGUUGGGAGUUCAGCGUGUUCAGGAUCGACAAAGGCACGGUCUGAACAUGUGGAAUCGCUCAAUGGGGAGAGACAUAAAAGGGACUCACACAUGCACAAGAAAGACAAGAGUCGCGGGUUGGGUGACCGGGGAGAAGUCUCAGCACCGGGAAGUCGAUCUACUUCCUCGGAGAGGCUCUCCCCACCAUCGGAAAGACCGAAAUCUUCCGAAAAAUCGAAAUCAUCAGACAGGUGUAAAUCCUCCGAAAGAUCUGACCGAUCGAAAUCUUCCGAAAGAUCAGAUAAAUCAAAAUCAUCGGACAGCUCAAAAUCGUCGGACAGAUCCAAAUCAUUAGAACGAACCAAGCCAUCUGACCGACCGGCCUCUUCAGUUCGUGAUCGGCCCGCCGCCUUCACGAAGCCUUCCUGGCGUUCGGGGUCUCAGGACUCUGGGCUUUCGCCUACCAAGCGGUCUGAGCGUCCUCACCACAGACACCAGGAGCGUCAGUACAGGAGGAGGAGUCGCUCCUCGUCCUCCUCCUCCUCUGAGGACGACAGGAGGAGGAGGCCGUCCUCCGCACCGGCCGCGGCCGGAGGAGGAGGGGGAGGGGAUGCGCUGGCGUUCCUCACUUCGGGAGCCGGACUGACAGGAUACGGACGAGAUGUGACCACGUGGUCUGGAGAGAGGCCCGGCCUGGAGAGAGAGCGGGAGAGGGACAGAGAGGAGCGGCGACGACGGGAAGAGCUGGACGAGUACAAUGACGAGCUGGACGCUGGACGGGUGAAGAAGGUGCGCGGUCACCGGGAGCGUCCCGUUCUCGACCACAACCCGUUCCAGCGGCUGCAGGAGGACCGUCGCCGGGAGCCGGGCGGUCGGGAGAGGGACCGCAGUCCGUCCCGACACCGGAGGGACAGGAGGGACCGCCGGCGCGACGACCGGGACCGGCACAGACACCGCCACCAGCGCCGCGACAGCCGAGACAGGGUCUCCCGGUGAUGGGUGCAGAUUGGAAAUACAUCGAGACAGUUAGGAAGAGAGAAGGUCAGUUGGUGGAAGUGAUUGCUGACGGGUGACGGAAUACAUCAGGAAGGUUAGAAAGAAAGAGAGAGGGUCAGUCGGUGGAAAUGAGAGCGGACGGGCGCUGAUAUACAUCGAGAGAAGUUGAGUCGGUGGAAGUAAUGGAUGACAGCUAUGAUCACCACGUCAAGAAGUCUCGCAGUUCUAAUAAUGUCCAGCAUGUCGGCACGAGGGCCUCUCUUUGAUGGCUGACGAGCGCAGAGAGCCCCCUGCCUGCCUGUCUGCCUGCCUGUCUGCCUGACGGGCAGACGGGCAGAUGGGUGAUUGAAGUACGCCGAGCGGAAUGAGUGGAUUUGGACGAGCUGCAGCAGCCGGAUCCAAAGCUGAUCAGUAACGAGACAGAUCGGCAACGAUACAGGUUUGAAGAGCUUUGUGCCGCCGAGUGUGCGGCAGUUGAGUGAGGUGGAGUGUAUCAGCUCCUAUCGCGGGAUUCUGCGUAGGUCGAGUGCUGGUGAUGAUUACAGCGAGCGGCAUUGUUAGGCUGGAAUGGCACGCUCAGAAGUGUUGGUGGAAAAGUCAGAGGUGAUGGUCGUUUGUCGUUGUGAGCUGGUCUGGGAAGCUGGCAGGGAUGAAGCGAUCGCUGUAUAUCAGUGAACAGAACGGAGGGAUGUCCGCUGGCUCGCUGUGUGCCGUGGGGAGCACGGAUAAGCCUGACAUGCGAAGGCAUUGAAGACCAGCCACGUAAUGGAACGUUGCGGCAUUUGCACGACGUUUUGACGGCAUGAGCUCACGGGCAGACUGCGUCAGUGGAUGUGAUUAAUGCUAGAAAAAUCUUUGCGGAUCCAGCCGCCCGUGUCACUAUACUGACAGCGUCGCGUCGGUCGCCUCUGCAAAGCCCCAUCACCUGUCAUCCACAGUUAGUCAGUGAGGGCUGACAUCCCGCGAUUUUGAGACUGAUCAGACUGUAACGGGAGUGAGUUGCCCCGGGCGUUUGAACUCGAUCGCCUCAUUAACUGUACCGAUUCAUGUUGAGCAUGAAUCAUUGGAGCCACGUGGUAGCUCUCUGUGGGUGAAAGCCACGUGCGAGGGCGACUUUUUUCACGGCAUAUUCUCGUGGAAGAACGGUUGUGUGUCUCAUGUGUGCUGGCAUAAGUGUUGAAUGCAGUUGACAUUCGCCGACUGGCAAAAGAAAUCGUUUGCCAAACGCGGGCUAUGGGGGCAUUGUGGUGGUGGUUUGCAACUGUUUGUUGUUUUACGUGUUUUCAUCGACAAAAGUGGCGACCGUAUGUAAGACUGGGCUACGUUGCGAUGUUUGUUGAGCUCUGACGUGCGGUGCGAUGUGGUGUUUGUUUCAGGGCGAAGUGUUUGUGAUCAGUCCGAGGCAGUCACCGCUGUCUCGUGAAAUGUGAUCUGGGAGGGGAAGGACAGACUGAAUGAAGAGAAGGGUAACGAUAUGCGCCGGGUCAACUGCAAGAGGUGUGGCAACUUGGAGUGGUUUUCGCGGUCGUGUGCUUCGCUGCGAUGGCCAGUGAAUGUUGGGACGGUUUGAGCCGGUAUGGCACUAAGUAUGGGCGAAGUACACUGACAGGUUCAAAUCUUCCACAUCCACUACUUCCGGCGUUACGAAACGGGCCAUGAAGACUUACAGCGGACGACAAAGCGAAAAGGCAGUGUGGUUUAGGAAUAUUUGUGUUUGCUUGUAGGCGCUGUCUUGUGUUUUGAUAUCGAUAAUCUUACAAAUGGGUCUGUUUGGGUAUUUUUGGCGGUGAACUACGCGAGAAACGCUGCAUCCGGGUUCAUUGGCGUCUCUCGUUGGCGUCGGCGUAGAUCACUGUGUGGUUCUACCAGCUGUCUCGCCGUUUUCGAUACGUUUUGCUGACAAGUCAAGCUCGGUCGGACGAGGUAAAGCGUUUGCGGUAGUUGUUUUCUGGUUGAUUGCCCGGCUCUGGUGAGCUCAGUGAGAGUUUGGAGGGAGUUUGGUCACAUGCCGGGCUGACGCCUUGUCUGACUGCUGCCUCUCCCUUCCUUGGAGGGCAGAGGUUUGAUGUGUUUCAUAAGAUUGUGACGGAAAUAUGUGACUUCACAUAUGUAGUUUGAAGUCCUCAUCGUGUGAAUGAAUUGUGUGGAAAAGAAAAUCGUGAUGGGAGUUGA